AUGCGCGUCUCUUAUAACAAAAUCACAGGGACCGAUAUUGAUAUUAAUUCUAGGGCUUUUUUAAGACUCAAAACACUCACUCACUCAGCGCUCUCUACAAUCGAUCCGGAGACCUCGCCUCGCUUCCGGCAACCCCUUGCUCACUUCUCCUCAUCGAUGGAUCCUCGAGGAUGCGGAAAAAUUGCGGUGUUGGAUCUUGUUCUAGAGGAUUUGCUGAAAGAAUAUCCUGAAAUGAUCUCAGAGGCAGAUAUAUGCACAAUGGCUGACCGGAAAGAGCAUCUGCUCCCACCAAAACCUACAUCAGCUAUAAAUCUAUAUGUGGUGGAAUUACAAAGACGAUUGAAAGCUACAGGGGUUGGUGUGGUGUGGCAAUCUGAAGGGGCAAAGUUGAAUAGACGAAUGGGAAAUUCAAAUAGAUCCUUAGGGUUGAAGAUCUUCAAUGGUCAGUUUGAAGAGCUUCAUCAAAGACAAUCUCAAUGGACCGUUCCUGAAACAGAGCUUAGAGAAUCUAUCAUACUUGCAGUUGUUGAAGUCUUGUUGCCUGUAUACGAAUCUUUCAUUAAAUGUUUUGGUUACAGGGCACUUGUUGAGAAUGGGAAGAAUCCCAUUAAGUACAUAAGGUCCUCUCACAAAGGAGGAUGCUAUUGUAAAUAUAAUGGGACGACAUUAUCAAUUCGUAUCUUCAAUUCAGUCUCGUCUAAAGCAAUGGAUGAUCCAUUUGUGGUUCUAGAAACUGCAUCAACACCUACCACAUUACCCCCAAGUGUUUUUAUUGAUCCACUGGAAACAGUUCACAAGAUGAAUAAAUCUGAGAGCACUAAUACUGGACCUGCAACGUUAAGCAUCCCACAUUUGGUGACAUCACUCAAAAUCGGCUUAGAAGCAACACAAGAAGCUGCAUUGGACACGCUAUUUCUUCUGAGGCUAGCAUGGUCUGCAUGCCCUAUUGAUGUCUCCAAAUCUAGUUGA